AUGUCUGAACGAAAUAAAGGAGUUUACGAAAAAGGGCCACAAGACACAAAUUUUAGACGUACCUGGGACAAAUCAGAGUAUGAACGUCGUGCAAGAGAGAGGUCCCGAAAAGAAAGGGAACAAGAAGAAGACGAAGAUCGUAAACGUAAAGGACAGAAACCAAAACAUGUGGAUAGUUCUCCAAUAAUUGAACCUCCUCGAGAACUUUUAAAAGCUCGUACUGAGAAGGUUGUUCUCGAUACCAACUUGAAUAAGACGCAAGUUGUACAAUCUACGAGCGUUGCAUCAAAACAGCCUGGUUUUUAUUGUAAAGAAUGUGAUUGUGUUGUCAAGGACAGUGUAAAUUUUUUGGAUCAUAUAAAUGGAAAGAAACAUCAAAGAGCUUUAGGUAUGUCUAUGAAAGUUGAGCGUAGCACAGCAGAACAAAUUAGAAAUAAGCUUGCUAAAAUAAGUCAAAAAAAGGAAGGACAUCAAGAAUAUGGUUGGUGA